UCUCCUCAAGUUGGUACUUUUCUUCCUAGGUCUCAUAUUUUGCAUUAUAAUGAAUGACACGUUGACAUCAGAUGUCGUCGGCCGCAGAGUUUCAGUUAACGGAGAAUGUGCAACAGUGCGUUUUUAUGGCACCGUCCCUCCUGUGGCUGGACUCUGGCUGGGAGUGGAGUGGGACAAAUCCCGAGAGGGCAAGCAUGAUGGGAGUCAUGAAGGGACUGUGUAUUUUAAAUGCAGCCACCCAACAGGAGGGUCCUUUAUUCGUCCACACAAAGCAAACUUUGGAGUAGACUUUCUCACUGCGCUUAGGGACCGCUACGAAGAUGAACCAGAGGAUGAUGCAAAAAAGCAAAUUGUUACAAUUGGGAACAUACCUGUGGAAACUAUUGGUUUUGGCUCUGUUAUAAAAAAGCAGAGUCAGCUGAGCGAGCUGCGAGACAUUUCCCUGAGGAGCUGUGCCGUAAGCUGUGCUGGUGACAAAGGAGACAUUGCCAGCACAUGUCCUAAUAUCAGAGUCGUCAACUUGUCACAAAACCUGCUGUCGGCGUGGGAGGAAGUCACAGGUAUUGCCGAGCAGCUCCGACACCUGGAAGUCCUUGAUCUCAGUGAGAACAAGCUGCGGUUCCCCCCGGGCUCGCCGGCUCCCAUCGGGACGUUCUCUGCACUGAAGGUCUUAGUCCUCAACAGAACAGGAGUCACGUGGGCCGAGGUGCUCCACUGUGCCCAGGGCUGGCCAGCCCUCGAGGAGCUGUACCUCAAGUCCAACAACAUUUCCAUUUCAGAAAGGCCGGCUGACGUUCUCCAGUUGGUCAGGUUACUAGACCUUUCCUCUAACCAGUCAAUUGAUGAAAACCAGCUGUUUCUAAUAGCAUAUCUGCCCAGGUUAGAACGACUGAUCCUUGGUGACGUUGGGAUUUCUUCUCUCCAUUUCCCGGAUGCUGGGGCUGGGUGCAAAACGGCAAUGUUCCCUUCCUUGCAGUCCCUUGUCCUCGACGACAAUCGGAUAUCGCAAUGGUCCUUCAUCAACGAGCUGGAUAAGUUGCAGAGUCUGCACUCGUUGUCCUGCCUACGGAACCCCCUGACUGUGGGCAGCGGGGCCAAGACCCACCUGCAGUUCAUCAUCGCCAAGAUCGGCCAGCUGCGGACCCUCAACAGAUGCGAGAUCCGCCCAGAGGAGCGGCGCGGGGCCGAGCUGGAUUACCGGAAGGCGUUCGGGAAGGAGUGGAAAGAGGCGGGUGGGCACCAGGAUCCCGACCAGGACAGGCCCAGCGCGGCGUUCCUGGCCGCCCACCCCAGAUACCAGGCCCUCUGCCGCAAAUACGGUGCACCUGAAGAUGGGGAGCUCAAAACACAACAACCAUUUUUGCUCAAAAACCAGCUACUAACCCUGAAGAUAAACUGUCCUGACCAUCCCGACCAGAACGCCCUGGAGAAACAGCUGCCGGACUCCAUGACGAUUCAGAAGGUGAAAGGGCUGCUGUCCCGCCUCCUCAAGGUCCCUGUGUCGGACCUGCUGCUGGCCUACGAGAGCCCCAAGAUGCCGGGCAGAGAGAUUGAACUAGAAAAUGACCAGCAGUCCUUGCAGUUCUACUCUGUGGAGAAUGGAGACAGCCUGCUGGUGCGAUGGUGACAGCAGCUCACACAGCUCAGAGACUGGACUGUGGUUCCGGGGCUCACCGGGCAGAAAUGACCUAUGGGAGCAGUUCUCUCAGAGGUUGUACUUUUCUUUAGGGAAGAGACUGUUUCUAGGCUUGUACAUAAUAGCAACAAUAAAGGCUUUGUACCUACUAA